AUGGCAGUACCCAUUCACUUCUACACUCAAGAUCAGAUUACAGAAGAUCCACAUGAAGAAAUCUGUGCAUACAUAUUUUUUGGUCAGCUUACAGCAACAAACCCACACAUUGUGAGCACCUCACUGGAAGAAUCCAAUUACAACCUACCACACUGCUCAGAGUCUAACACCACCAAUACAGUUCUGAGAGAGGGUUUCAACAGCACUGCCAGGAUCAUCUCGCAUCGGCUACACCCUGGUCCAUCUUUCUUUGCAGGAGACGGGAGCCACACGGAGAGCUCCACGCAAACCCCCAAGCUGUCUCUUCGGCUGCUUCCCGCGAUUAUUGUGGACAAUGAGGAGGACGAUGAUGGGAACUUCACCAAGUGGAUGAGCAGUUACUGGGGGCACGGAGCAGGAGAGGACCACGCCAAAGCAAGGAAGAGGAGCUUCAUGAGGCACUCGUGCAUCAGAAAUGACCGCCGUGCCUCUUUGCCCUGCAUGUCUCAGCUAGAGGCCAUGCAGAAUCAGAUCCAUGCAAACGUUGGGGCCUCUGUCCACCUAAUGACCCGUGAGGAAAAGGAGAUGCACUCCCACCCUCGGGCCCGCCGUGUGUCUUCAGACGAAAGCCGAACCAAAGUGGUGGGACCUGAGUGUCACAUCCCCACCAUUCCAGAGCUCUCCGAGACCUUGGAGAAGCGGCUACGUUUCCACAACCAGAAAUUGAUAUCAACAGGUGAUACGGACAGUAUAUGUCUUAUUUGCCAUGACAAAUUGAGGAAUGGCAGAGGUGGCAUCCAAGAACUUCACUGCGCCCAUCAUUUCCAUAAAGAGAGAAAAGGGCCGGAGCAUGGUGCACGACCACGUAGCAGGAGUUCUGCUGCUGCAUGCGAGCGAGGGAAAGAGGUGCCAUUCUGCCACGGCCAGGGCCAGGAAGAAUAUCAUUCGCACCAUCGCCAGCUCUCUUUACGGAGACAACGAUAAUAGAUUCCAGUGUAACGACUGCCUGGAUACAUACCACAACAGUACAUUAACUAAAAAGUGAUCAUUCAGUGUAUUAUUGAAAGUCAAAAACAAUUUGAUUUGUUUUUAGCUCCACACUACUACAAAAGAUUCAACAGUCACUUCUUUGUAGUUAAAUAUGUUGUACUAGUUAACUGUUUAUUUUUUUCGAUUGGUCAGAUAAACUCUUCAGUUGUUAUUGCACAUUAUGAUUGUUUUUAUUUCCAACUGUACUUUGGAUCAUACCUUGAAACUGUGACUUUCUCAAAGAUGCAUGUUUGCUUAUUGUUGUUAGACUGGAUAACUAUAAAUGCAACUUGUAUUUAUUUACAGAUCAUAUGUCCAGAAUCACUGUUGUGGAUAUUCAAUAGCUUGUUAAACACACAUGCUGGAAAUUAGCUGGUGGCUAUCAGGCCACUGUAAUGGAAAUCAAUAGUUGUCCAAAAUUCUGUCUCAUAGAGAAACAAAGGUCGAUAGAUCGUCAAACAUGCAGUUUUCAUGCAAGUGUCAGCACGGCAUUACAAUGACCCAUUAAAUUUUAAGAGCUUAAUGUAUACAUAGUCUUUUCCCAUGUAAGUAACAAGAACACAUAACAGCAUGCAGUUUAUGUCUGCAUAAAGUGCUAUAAUAAGAGCGCUUUUCCACCAUCGCACCGAAUCGUUCUCGUUGCUUAAACGUUCCACUCCGUGCCGAUCCAUGCCAGCCGGUACGUAAAUGGUUUCAUUUUCCACCGCAGGGCUGAUAACCGAAAUUUUUAGAAUGUAAACACAAAUGCGUCACUCACUGCCUUGGUAACACAAGAGACUGAGCUAUAACGCCUCAGCGCGCAUUCAUUAGCACAAUUCAAUUCCGAGCUGAACAGUUUGUAAUCGUGCCGUGUCGAACCAGGCUCACGUGGAAACAUAACGUAACCGUUUCAGACUAUGGCAAGCCGACGGUGUCACAAUUACGCCAUAGAUUAAUCACGUUUUAAACAGUAUUUGCGCCGCAAAAUACGGCGUCGCGAUUCCAAACGCCGUAAAAAUUGCGCGAAAAGCUGUCCAUAACGCCGUAUUUAACGGCGCUAAGGCGCUCGAAAAGCUCCGCCUUUUGCGCCGCUGUCUUAUGAUGGUGUAAAAAACACUGUUUUGGUUGCACAGAGCGCGCGUCAUUUAAAGCGUUUUGUCUGUUGUAUAAUGAGACCCUCCUGCUGAUUUCCAAAGCCAGUAAAUUUGAACUGUUGUCAACCAGGGGUGUAGCCAGAACUUUUUUUUAGAGGUGGCCAGGUAGGACCCAUUGAUUUUAUUAGGGUGACCAAAAAAUCCUUGCAGACAGAAAUUCUUUAACUUCUACUGUAAUUUACACCAAUUCUUCAUUACACAUAGUUUGCUGGUCAAAAACAUACACAACGAACGUAAAGUAAACAAUUUAUUUGCAAUGCUUUCAUGUGCUAACAUUAUUUUAAAAUAAUUUGCUAGCUAUAAUUUGCAGUAAGUUAGCAUUAUUUAUAGAAAAUAAACAUUGCAGUACCCCAACUUAAACUGUAAUUAAUGAAUGAAAUCCAGUUAAACAAGACUGAUUUUACUGACCUGAUCAUUCUGCUCGCGAUGAACUUCCAUGGUACACAGACAGUACACUGUAGUGAUGGGAAGUUCGAGUCAUUUUUGCGAUUCAGAUGUUUGAAUCUCAUUCAGCAAAAUGAACGAAUCUUUUUUCGAGUCAUUUCGUUCAUCUGAGCAGAGUUAAAUUAAUGUUGCAUGUUAAUAGCCAAAUUACCCCAUAACGUUUAUUUAUGCUAGUUUUGAUCAGAUAUAUAAUAAGAAAUAACUUAUAUUGUAGUUAGGGACAAAUUAUGAGAAACAGUUAUUUAAUUAUUUCCUGACAGCAUUUCUGUAAAGUUAUGUAUUUAUAAUGAACAAUUUUGGGUCACUCAGGUAUGCAAUAAGGUUUACAAGUUGUUGUUUUUUACUAAAAAGUCUCAUGCAGUUUGCAAAGUAUAUAAUAAUAGGCUAUUGAAAUCAUUUAAAUGUGCAAUUAUUUAAUAAGAGAUCACUUGUGUAAUAUAUGCAUUAGACAUAAACACUGACUUUACUAGUGUUGCUUAUGUUUAUAUUUUGCCAGCACAGUUCUUAUGCAAAAUAGUUAUUAAGAUAAAUUAAAAACACAUGCAGAAAACCACAAGAAACUUUUAUGAAUAUACUGAGAGAAAAAAGAACAGAACGGUACAUUUUAGAGAAGAUGUUUAUUGCACAUAUCUUUUGAUCAUUUUAUAUUUCUUCCUAUAAUACAACAUAUAACACGUACAUCAUGCAUUUGACUGAUGAUCCGGGAAGUGGUCACGUAACGUUAAAGACUCGGACUCGAAGACUCCAGGCUGCAGGUUUGCCUGCGGAGCUACCAUUUGACAAAAGAACAAAAGGGCUCGGACCCGAUGACUCGAGAGACGAACUAAUCAUUUCUCUUUCCGGUAUAAGGACUCGGACCCGAUGACUCGAGAGACGAACUAAUCAUUUCUCUUUCCGGUAUAAGGACUCGGACCCGAUGACUCGAGAGACGAACUUCAUUACUGUUUCUGGUACAAUGUUGCACAUGCGCGGUCAACACAAAAUGAACGAAUCACUCGCUGAGACACUCGUUACUCCCGAGUUAUUUUAAAGAUUCGUUCAAAAAGAACUAAUCGUUCAUGAACGACCCAUCACUAGUACACUGUCACGAAGCGGUUAGCAGCUGUUCAGCUAAUAGCGCUCAGACUGUUUGCAUCAGUGCAUCAGCGUAUGACAUCAUAUUGAUCAUACUUUCAGCAUGCAUACGCUAAAUGAUCUGUGCAGCACUCCGUAUAAACUCCGACACACAUCUUAAACUGCUUCGCACAACAGAGGUGGCCAGAUAGGUGGCCAUCCAUCAUUCAGGGGUAGCCGUUGCCACCCAUGGCCACCAUGUAGCUACGCCCCUGUUGUCAACCAAUCACUGAUGAACCGAGCCAGACCAGACCAAUUUACCACUGAUCAUUUUACAGGAUUUUAUUAUGUGCGCAGUGUUUGCUAACAUUAAACAAAUCAUUGCUUGCUUUCUGAAGAAACGACUUCUUCUCUUUGGUAAUUUAAGAUUAUACAACGUGGUCAGCAAUUGUAUAUAGGCCAACCAAUCCCAUUGUAUAUAUCCUGCUUGUUACAUAUAGCGUAUUGCUUACCUGGAAAGCAAAAAAGCAAUCGGUUGAAAUAUUGUAUAAACUAAUCUCCAACACCAGAAAUCAUUCCUGGUAUAAGCGAGAUCAGCCAGAGUAAAAAGUGAACAGCAUUUCCUUUAACAGGUUCUUAGGUGGCCAAAGCCAGGGACUGUGGAUGUUAGCCUGCUGGUUAGCGUGAUUGAUUUGUCAUUGCUGACUGAAUCAUUUUGACGGUUCGAUGCCCUCUCGGACCACCGGCCAGUUUUUACAUUGUUGGUCUUGUUUAUCUGUAUAUUGGGUAGUUUUUAGAUUUAUAUUUCAGUACUUAAUGCGUGGUCAGUAAAAAAAGAAAGUGUGGAUUGAGAGAUCUUUUUUAUCAACCGUAUCAAUAUUCAGUUAACGGCUUGCACUUUACUUUUGCUGCUGAACUCACACAUCAGUGGACUUUCAUGCUAUAAACAGGACGAACAAACAGUAAUAGAUUUUACAUUUACGCAUUUAGCAGACACUUUUAUCCAAAGCGACUUACAGGGGCCUUUUAGUCUAUGCAUGUUUUUAUCAGUAGCCCAUGUGAUUUUAGUUUCCAUAUUACAAAAAUUGAUUGACUAUAAGGAGACGCAAUAAUGUUGCGCAAUGAUCGUAAUGUAACAAGCAUGAACUUAUUAACUAAAAUAUAACACAGCCCAAGUCGAUGCCAAAUGCCUUGCCAUUUAUCUCCAUGAAGAGACUGACGCUAUCGUGCAUGGAACUGCAAAGAAACUUACAAUAAACAGCCACGUCUCUUUAACACCGCGUGGGUUAUAUACAUGUUGCUGCUGAUUGGGCUGACAUUCUUGACACACCCACCAAACAAGAGAAAACGUAUCUCAAACCCUGUUGCACACCAUUGAAAACCGUUUCCAGGAAACGUGUCGUUCAACCCAGAAACGGUAGCAAAACAUUGCGCACCGGUUUGAGCUUGAACAUGCCCCAGGUCUGGCUCAGCUCAUCAGUGAUUGGGUGAGAGCAGUUCAAAUUUACU